AUGCAGUCAUUGGACACAUUAGACGUUGGCCGCCACUUCAACAACAACAUCUCCAAAAAGCAAUGGACAGCCUUCUAUAAAAACGACAUGCACUACUCGGCUCGUAAUCUGUGGUACCGGAUGCUCCAUCAGCAAUCCCCUAAUAAGCUCGCCCUCUUCCAAAGACACUUGCCCAAUUUAGAGUCUGAUCACUGCGAUCUAUGCAACGAAGUAGAAGAUGCCAAACAUCUUCUAAUUAGCUGUGCUCACAAGAUCGAUGUAUGGAACUCCACCUUCAAUGAGUUCCUCAGCUAUCCCAAAAAUGCUGACCCUCGCCUCGUCUACAACAACAUUAUGCUCCUCAAACUAGAACGCUAUCUCAUAUACAGCUACUAUAUGCAGUUCACUAUAUAUGACUUCUUCGCCACUAUUAUGCGUAUGAUUUGGAGAAAUCACUUCCAACAGCUCUACAAUUAUAUACCUUUUGAUCCCUCUGUAGUAUGCCGCCAAAUCCGCGCCGAAUUGAUAAGAUUGUCAAAUCUUAGGAAACUCUAA